CAAAUUCCAGCCGCCAUCAUGCCUAUCCCAGUUCCAAAGUCCGACAGCCUCAUGGAGAUGUUCAGCCUCAAGGGCAAGGUCGUCGUCGUCACCGGCGCCUCUGGUCCCCGCGGCAUGGGCAUUGAGGCCGCCCGAGGCUGUGCUGAGAUGGGAGCCGACGUUGCCAUCACCUACUCCUCUCGCCCCCAAGGUGGUGAGCAGAACGCCAAAGAGCUCAUGGAGAAGUACGGCGUCAAGGCCAAGGCGUACAAGUGCAACGUUGGCGACUGGGCCGACGUCGACAACUUCGUCAAGCAGGUCAUCAAGGACUUUGGCAAGAUUGAUGCCUUCAUUGCCAACGCCGGCCGCACCGCCGACAGCGGCAUCCUCGAGGGCUCCGUCGAGUCCUGGAACGAGGUCAUCCAGACCGAUCUCAACGGCACAUUCCACUGUGCAAAGGCCGUAGGCGCCCACUUCAAGGAGCGUGGCACCGGCAGCUUCAUCAUCACCUCCUCCAUGUCCGGCCACAUCGCCAACUUCCCCCAGGAGCAGACCUCCUACAACGUCGCCAAAGCCGGCUGCAUCCACAUGGCCCGCUCCCUGGCCAACGAAUGGCGCGACUUUGCCCGUGUCAACAGCAUCUCGCCCGGCUACAUCGACACCGGCCUCUCUGACUUCGUCGACAAGAAGGUCCAGGAUCUCUGGCUCUCCAUGAUCCCCAUGGGCCGCAACGGCGACGCAAAGGAGCUCAAGGGAGCCUAUGUCUACCUCUGCAGCGACGCCAGCACAUACACCACCGGUGCUGACUUGAUCAUCGACGGAGGAUACGUCUGCCGAUAA